AAAAGACUCAUUGAAUGCAUGCAGGAAGUAUGAAAAGAUAGAGGAUAAGUAUUGCCUGACCCAACAGGGCAAAAGAAGUGUCGAUGAGAUUUUUACGAGAUAUGAUUUAAACAGUGAUGGCUUACUGAACUUAAAGGAAAUCAAUGCUCUUGGGAAGCGUAUCGGAAAUAAAGAGCUGGCAGAGCUUCCGAAAGAAGUGUUUGAAGACCCAAAUCUGCUGCAUAAUACAAAAGUUCCAAAAGACAUCAGAGAGAUUAAUUAUUUUCCCACAGAUUUGACUGGUGAGGCCUUCCAAGAAGGAGGCAUUACGAGGAAAGGACUGAGACAGCUGGUCACGAACAUCCUUAAUAAAAACAAGGAAGAAAAUUAUGGAGAUGAGAACUUCAAGAAAUUCUUCCUAAAUAAUGGAUAUAAUUGUAACUUGAAUUCGACAUCAUUCAGGACAUUUGUGGUCUCCUUCACAAGUGAGAAAAGUUUGAAGAUUGGAGAAAAGGAUGGGCUUAAUAAACCCCUAAAGACUCUUUUGUAUAUGAAGGAAAGGGUCCUCCAGUUUGAGCAAUAUCCCUCUGUUAAUCAUCUGGCUUGGGGUAAGAUGAUGGAGAAGUAUUAUAAUGAUGGAGAGUUUAUGAAUACUCAUAAAAAAUAGGGAAAAUGAAGACUAUGAAGUUUUUUGAGUUAGGCAUAAAUACUCUCAAUCUGUCUCAUAUGAGGUCAGGAAUAAGCAUCAUUUUAAUCCUAAUGAAGCCCCAACUAUCACUGAUAUAGUCCUGAAGAUGAUAUUUACAGCCAAUAAGAGAGAAAGGGAUGCGAAACCUCUGACACUAUCUCACCCAGAAAGAUACGUAAUAUAUGCUGGAGCAGGCACAUUUAUGUACCUUGGUGCCUGAAUGUCAAUGCCUGACAAACCCGGCUUGGUCCUUAAGCAUGGAAACAAAUACGGAAUGUUCAAGAGAGAAUAUGACCUACUAAAAGCAGAGCCCGAAUAA